UCAUUUUAAUUGUCUUUAUCGAUAAUUAUAAUCAAGUGAAAAAAAGAUAGGAAAUCGAUUAUUAUCAAAUAAAUCGAUUAUCCGAUUAUUUCGUGAAAAAAAUGAGUUCAUUAUUGUUACGUCGACUAUUUUGGUUACGCCAACAACAACAACAACAAUUAUGUCAUUCAUCAUUGUUAUUUGGUUCAAUUGUACCUCGACAACAACAUUCAUCUGCAAUUAUCCGUAAAAUUUAUUGUGAAAAAUCAAUUCGAUCAUCAUCAUCAAAUCAUUUUCUAUUGAAUCAAUAUCGAUUUCUUUCAUCAUCAUCGGGCAAUAAUAAUGAUGAUGAAGAUCCGGAAACGAUAUCUGCAGCAUAUCCAACACCACCAACACCGGGCGAUCCAUCAACAUCAGCAUUAUCACCGGUAAACAUACCUGAUUAUUUUCCAAUGCUACCUGUUAUUGCUAUUAAUCGUAAUCCAGUUUUUCCAAAAUUUGUCAAACUAAUCGAAUUGACUGAUCCGAAUCUAAUACAAUUGAUUAAACGUAAAGUUGAUCUACGGCAACCAUAUGCCGGUAUAUUCAUGAAACGAAAUGAUAAUGAAAUGGCCGAAGUUGUUAGCUCUUUGGAUGACAUCUAUCCAGUGGGCACAUUUGUUCAGAUUCAUGAACUACAAGAUCUUGGUGAUCGAAUACGUGUGAUUGUUAUGGCACAUCGUCGAAUACGAAUAAUGAAACAAAUCGAUGAAAAUGAUCAAGAAGAAUCACAACAGCCAAGAAAAAAUGGUUCAAUGAUGCGAAAAAAACGUGUUCGUCGUAGUGCAUCAGCUGCUCAAUCGGUGUCAUCGAAUGAUGAGAAUAAUAAUAAUGGACCUGAAAUGGAUGCCGAUCCGAAUGCAAAUGCUCAACAACAGCCAUCUGAUAGUGAACCUGUGAUUGUAGCGAAACCUAAACCCGUUCUAAUGGUGGAAGUGGAAAACGUUACACACGAAGAAUUUGUUGAGAAUCAAGAAAUCAAAGCAUUAACACAGGAAAUUGUCAAAACAAUUCGUGAUAUUGUUUCAUUGAAUUCAUUGUAUCGUGAACCAAUCUUACAACUAAUGCAUUCAGGACAGAAAAUUGUUGAUAAUCCAAUAUUUCUUUCAGAUCUUGGUGGCACUUUAUCUGGCGCCGAUUCACAUGAACUGCAACAGAUCCUGGAAGAGAUCAACAUACCGAAACGUCUUUAUCUUUCGUUAUCAUUGUUGAAAAAAGAAUAUGAAGUUAGUAAAUUGCAACAAAAAAUCAGUAAAGAAGUGGAAGAAAAAGUCAAACAACAACAUCGAAAAUAUAUGCUGAAUGAACAAUUGAAAAUCAUUAAAAAAGAAUUGGGCCUGGAGAAAGAUGAUAAAGAUGCAAUUGUGGAGAAAUUUCGUAAUAAAAUCAAAGAUUUACUUGUACCACAACCGGUAAUGGAUGUGAUUGAAGAAGAGCUGAAUAAAUUAUCAUUAUUGGAUAAUCAUUCAUCUGAAUUUAGUGUCACACGUAAUUAUCUGGAUUGGUUGACAUCGAUUCCAUGGGGUAUUAGUAGUGAAGAAAAUUUAGAUCUAAAACGUGCUACACAAGUAUUGGAUGAAGAUCAUUAUGGUAUGGAAGAAGUGAAGAAACGAAUACUGGAAUUUAUUGCCGUCAGUCAAUUAAAAGGCCAUACACAGGGUAAAAUUCUAUGUUUUCAUGGACCACCUGGUGUUGGUAAAACAAGUAUUGCACGAUCAAUAGCACGUGCAUUGAAUCGUGAAUAUUUUCGUUUCAGUGUUGGUGGUAUGACCGAUGUAGCCGAAAUUAAAGGCCAUCGACGUACAUAUGUUGGUGCUAUGCCUGGAAAAAUUAUUCAAUGUUUGAAAAAAACAAAAACCGAAAAUCCACUCGUAUUGAUCGAUGAAGUGGAUAAAAUUGGUCGUGGAUAUCAAGGUGAUCCAUCUGCAGCGUUGUUGGAAUUACUGGAUCCGGAACAGAAUAAGAAUUUCCUUGACCAUUACCUUGAUGUUAAUAUUGAUUUGUCGAAAAUCUUGUUUAUUUGUACGGCAAAUGUAUUGGAUACUAUUCCCGAACCACUACGUGAUCGUAUGGAAUUGAUUGAAGUGUCUGGUUAUGUUGCCGAAGAAAAACUACAAAUUGCAGAGCGAUAUCUCAUUCCAUUGGCACAGAAAGAAUCGGGAUUAUCAUCGGAAAAAGUGGAUAUUGCCAAGAAUGCCAUCAAUGUUCUUAUACGUUCUUAUUGUCGUGAAUCAGGUGUUCGUAAUCUACAGAAACAUAUUGAAAAGAUUAUGCGAAAAUCAGCAUAUAAAAUUGUUAAUAAAGAAUGUGAAAAUGUAAUGGUUGAAGAAACAAAUCUACCUGAUUUUGUUGGCAAACCAAUAUUCGUUAAAGAUCGAAUGUAUGAUGAAACACCACCCGGUGUUGUAAUGGGUUUAGCAUGGACAUCACAUGGUGGAUCUACAUUAUAUAUUGAAACAACUGUUCAUCGAAAAUUGGAUACCACCACCAAUGAUGUAUCAACGACAACCGGUGAUAAAUCCACUCCUCCACAACAAGGUUCAUUCGUAUUGACCGGACAUUUGGGUGAUGUGAUGAAAGAAAGUGCCAACAUUGCCUAUACGUUUGCCAAAUCAUUCAUGUUGAAACGACCAGAACCAUCAGCAGAAUUUCUACAACGAGCACAUAUUCAUUUACAUGUACCGGAAGGUGCAACACCAAAAGAUGGUCCAAGUGCCGGUUGUACAAUGGUCACUGCAUUAUUAUCAUUGGCAUUGGAUAAACCAGUUCGACCAAAUUUAGCUAUGACUGGUGAAAUUUCAUUGACUGGUAAAAUUUUGGCCGUUGGUGGUAUCAAAGAGAAAGUUAUUGCUGCUAAACGUGUCGGUGUACAAACAAUCAUUUUGCCUGAUGAUAAUCGAAAAGAUUAUGCCGAUUUACCUGCCUAUAUUCAGGAUGGACUUACCGUUCAUUUUGUUAGCCAUUAUGAACAGGUUUUCGAAAUUGCUUUCAAUUAUUAAUUUUUUUGUAGGUUUUUUUUAAUCGUAU